GAAAAUCGCUGUAUCCCGGCCCCCGCGCCGUGUCCUCCCGUCCGAGCCGGCUUGUCACGGCGGCGGAGGGAGAGGGAGAGCACGCCACGGCCCGAAGCCCAUGUCGCAGCAGGAGCGGCCGGGGAGUCACGAAGAAGAUGACAGGAAGGUAAGGAGGAGAGAAAAAAAUCGAGUUGCUGCCCAGAGGAGCCGGAAGAAGCAAACUCAGAAAGCAGACAAACUUCACGAGGAAUAUGAGUCUCUUGAGCAAGAAAAUACCUCCCUGAAAAGAGAAAUCGGAAAGCUAACAGAUGAAAUGAAACACUUGAGUGAAGUGUUGAAGGAUCAUGAAAAGAUCUGUCCACUAUUGCACUGCACCAUGAACUUUGUGACCGUACCAAGGCCCGAUGCACUCACCAGCUGCCUGCCAAGAUGAGAGCUCUCCUUGAUCGCCUUUAAAUGUGAUGGGUGAAAGUGCCAUUAACAGCGGAGAUUUGAAGAACUGCCUACUUAUGGUGCAGGUCUUCCAUCGAAGAGGGCUGGACUCAACCACACAGCUCUUCUCCGCGUUGAAGUGUUAUAGCCUUCUGAAUCUCAGGAAAAACACCAGUACGGAAAAUAGACAAUUUGAAAUGCGACUUCUUGUUUGGUUGAAUCUUUGAGCCACGAUUUUGCAUUCAGAAAUGUCAAAGCACGGUGCAGCCCACCAUCGCGCAAUGGAAUGUAGACAGGGAAAAGUACCAACCUUGGGCUGGGAUGCCUUUCUCCCACACGUCCACUGCCAGUAACCCUUUGUCACUUGUCAUCCAUCUGUAUCGCAUUCUAGCUGCUGGGUUUUUUUUUCUCUAAGCAGGUUUGGUUAAUAAAAGAGAUGUUCUAUGUUUACCAUGUUCUCCACCUUCUUCAACAAUCAGUGCCUUUAUAACAUCUCUACUUUUUCAUUACUGGCAAAAUCCAAACUCUAAUGCUAAUCUUCUCGUCAGUUGUCUUAUUUGCUUAUCUCCUCUUUGGAAGUGUGCAUAACAAAUGAGUUUUCCCAAUCUUUAUUUCUUUAAUAACCCAGAUAGUCAGCCCUGCUGAUUUCUGCAGUGCUUUAUAUCCUAAAAUAUGGCUCAGCCAAUUUCUAAUGGUGAUUGGUUUGCUUUUCUUCCACCCAGAGCAGACAGAGUUUGCUGGUUCUACAUGUUUUAUAAAGCAGGUUUUAAAACUUACUGUUUUAAUACACCUGCUGGAAAUUAACAAAUCUUGAUCCUUCAUCUUGCAUAUUGCUUCUGGUAAAUGAUAUCCUUGGAUAGAACAAAUUGAGUUUAGCUAAGUAUUUUGUUCUAUGUCCACACUGAAGAACAUUAUGUUUCCUUUAAUCUUUUUCUUUUUUUUUUUCUUCACAAAAAGGAACAAUUAUGACAAUGUUAGUGAGAAAUAUGCCAAAAAAAAAAAGUGUUUACUUUCUCUGAAGAUUCUUAGUAGUGUCAAGCUCUAGGAAUGUGAAUGCUGUAGCCUGGGAUCCAGCAAAGAGUGUUUUUCUUGCAGUAUUUCCCAGUCAAAGAGCACCUUUAGAUAAUAAAGAGCUCCAUUCCUUUGCCAACUCUCUCACGUCA